GCAAUCAAUUUUCCCGCGGCGUGUUCGCCAUGCUUGGAGCCGUCUCGCCGGAUUCCUUCGAUACGCUGCACUCGUACAGCAACACCUUCCAGAUGCCGUUCGUGACGCCCUGGUUCCCGGAGAAGGUUCUCACACCGUCGUCCGGCUUCCUCGACUUCGCUAUCAGCAUGCGGCCCGACUACUAUCAGGCCAUCAUCGAUACGGUGCGGUACUACGGUUGGGAUCGGAUCAUCUACAUGUACGACUCGCACGACGGCCUACUGCGGCUGCAACAGAUCUACCAGGGACUGCGGCCAGGCAACGAAACCUUUCACGUCGAGACGGUCAAGCGGAUAGCGAACGUAAGCGAUGCGAUAGAGUUCCUGGGCACCAUCGAGGAGCUGAACCGGUGGUCCCGGAAGCACAUCGUCCUCGACUGUAGUACCGAGCUGGCCAAGGACAUCGUGGUCAGUCACGUCCGGGACAUCACGCUCGGCAAGCGGACCUACCACUAUCUGUUGAGUGGGUUGGUGAUGGAUGAUCGCUGGGAGAGCGAAGUUAUCGAGUACGGGGCAAUCAACGGCUUCCGAAUCGUCGAUACGAGCAAAAAGUACGUCAAGGAGUUUCUUGAUGGAUGGAAGCGAUUAGAUCCGACCACAUCGCAGGGCGCUGGGAAGGAACUGAUCUCGGCCCAGGCUGCCCUCAUGUACGAUGCCGUGUUCGUGCUGGUGGAGGCGUUCUCCAAGAUUAUGCGCAAAAAACCGGACCAGUUCCGGGCGUACACGAUGCGCAAUCGAGGCCAACCGUUCAACCUGCCCACCAACGGGACCCGGACGUUGGACUGCAACACAUCCAAGGGUUGGGUCACUCCGUGGGAACACGGUGAUAAAAUUUCACGCUACCUGCGUAAGGUGGAAAUAUCGGGCCUUACCGGUGAUAUCAGAUUCAACGAAGACGGCAAACGCCAGAACUACACACUGCACGUGGUCGAGAUGACGGUAAACAGUGCGAUGGUGAAGGUGGCCGAAUGGUCGGACGAAGGUGGACUGGCGCCGGUCGUCGCCAAGUACACCCGGCUCAAGACAGACAUGCAUUACGAGCGGAACAAGACCUACAUCGUGACGACCAUCAUCGAGGAACCGUACAUCAUGCUGCGACAGCCCGAACCGGGCGAGACGCUCGAGACGAACGAGCGUUUCGAGGGAUACUGCAAGGAUCUGGCCGAGCUGGUGGCGAAAAAACUCGGCAUCAACUACGAACUGCGGAUAGUGAAGGAUGGUCAGUAUGGUUCAGAAAAUCCCGACGUCAAGGGUGGCUGGGACGGGAUGGUGGGUGAGCUUGUACGGAAGGAAGCCGACUUUGCCAUCGCUCCCAUGACCAUCACGUCCGAGCGGCAACGCGUCAUCGAUUUUACCAAACCGUUCAUGUCACUCGGCAUCUCCAUCAUGAUCAAACGGCCGGUCAAGCAGAAGCCGAGCGUAUUUAGCUUCCUCAAUCCACUGUCCAAAGAGAUCUGGGUCUGCGUUCGGUUCAGUUACGUCGGUGUCAGCAUCGUCCUGUACAUAGUGUCACGCUUUUCGCCCUUCGAAUGGCGACUAGUUAAUUAUAACGGUAAUUAA